CUCUGCUUCUCUUCCCAGGUCCAUGGCUCUUUCAGGCUCUGAGAAGACUUUGCUCUGACCACAAUCCCCUGGCUGAUCCAGGCAGGACUACAUUUUGCUGCUACAGUCUCUCCAGAUCCCUGGUCUAUCCUGCAGGCCCUGGGCUACGCACGUGUCGCCAUGGGCAGUGUCAGCAGCCUUAUCUCAGGCCACAGUUUCCACAGCAAGCACUGCCGCGCUUCACAGUACAAGGCGCGCAAAUCCUCCCACCUCAAGAAGCUCAAUCGGUACUCGGAUGGACUGCUGAGGUUUGGCUUCUCCCAGGACUCAGGGCGUGGCAAGUCCGGCUCCAAAAUGGGAAAAAGCGAAGACUUCUUCUACAUCAAGGUCAGCCAGAAGGCCCGUGGCUCCCACCGCCCAGACUACACAGCCCUGUCCAGUGGGGAUAUGGGGGGCCAGGCCGGGGUAGAUUUUGACCCAGGCACCCCUCCUAAGCUCAUGCCUUUCUCCAAUCAGCUGGAAAUGAAUUCAGAUAAGGGGGCAGUGAGGCCCACUGCCUUCAAGCCUGUGCUGCCGCGAUCAGGGGCCAUCCUUCACUCUUCGCCGGAGAAUACCAGCCACCAGCUUCACCCCAUGCCCCCGGAUAAGCCCAAGGAACAGGAGCUGAAGCCAGGCCUGUGCUCAGGGGCACUGUCUGACUCAGGCCGGAACUCCAUGUCCAGCCUGCCCACGCAUAGCACCACCAGCAGCUACCAGCUGGAUCCCCUGGUUACCCCCGUGGGGCCUACCAGCCGUUUUGGGGGUUCAGCCCACAACAUCACACAAGGUAUCAUCCUUCAGGACAGCAACAUGAUGAGCCUGAAGGCUCUGUCGUUCUCUGACGGGGGCAGCAAGCUGGCUCACCCAGGCAAGGCGGACAAGGGCUCGUCCUGCGUGCGCUCCCCGCUCUCCACGGAUGAGUGCACAGUCCACGAGCUGGAGCAGAAGCUGUUGCAGAGGGAGACCGCGCUGCAGAAGCUCCAGCGCAGCUUCGAUGAGAAGGAGUUCGCUGCCUCCGGCCAGACCUUCGAGGAGCGGCCGCGGCGGAUCAGGGAUGAACUGGAGUGCCCCGAACCCAAGGGCAAGCUCAAGACGGCCUCCUCGCAGAAGAGCCAGCGCACGCAGCAGGUGCUCCAGCUGCAGGUGCUCCAGCUGCAGCAGGAGAAACGGCAGCUGCGGCAGGAGCUGGAGAGCGUGAUGAAGGAGCAGGACCUGCUGGAGACCAAGCUGAGGUCCUAUGAGCGGGAGAAGACCAGCUUCGCCCCCGCGCUGGAGGAGACCCAAUGGGAGGUGUGCCAGAAGUCAGGCGAGAUCUCCCUGCUAAAGCAGCAGCUCAAAGAGUCCCAACUGGAGGUGACCGCGAAGGCCAGCGAGAUCCUCAGUCUGAAGGCACAGCUCAAGGACGCCCGGGCCAAGCUGGAGGGAAUGGAGUUGAAGACGCAGGACUUGGAGAGCGCCCUACGCACCAAGGGGCUGGAGCUGGAAGUCUGCGAGAACGAACUACAGCGCAAGAAGAACGAGGCGGAGCUGCUGAGAGAGAAAGUGAACAUCUUGGAGCAGGAGCUGCUGGAGCUACGGGCCCAGCAGGCUGCCGCGCAUCGAGACGCUGUGUCCCUGGGGCCUCUGGGGGUUGGCCCCACUUUCUCAGAGGACAUCCCCGCUCUGCAGCGGGAGCUGGAGAGUCUGCGCGCUGAGCUGAAGGAGGAGCGGCAAGGCCACGCCCAGAUGUCCUCCGGCUUCCAGCACGAACGGUUGGUGUGGAAAGAGGAGAAGGAGAAAGUGAUUCGGUACCAGAAACAGCUGCAGCAGAGCUACUUGGCCAUGUACCAGCGCAACCAGCGCCUAGAGAAGGCCCUGCAGCAGCUGUCCCGAGGGGAUGGUGCCGGGGAGCCCUUCGAAAUUGACCUAGACGGAGCUGACAUCCCCUAUGAGGACAUCAUAGCCACUGAGAUCUGAGGGGUUGCCCAG